AUGCAUGGGCCCAGGAAGCAGUUUGCAGUUGCCAGCCUGUUCGUCGGGCUGGCUGCGUAUGUGCUGACGGAGGGGCGCGGUGUGUUUCAGAUGGGGCUGGGCCUGGGCCUGGGCCUGGGAGCGGGCGCGGGCGCGGGGCUGGGCCCGCCGCUGCCGCUGGAGGCCGUGUGCGAGUCCGCGGCGCGCCUGCUCUUCAUGAACGUCAAGUGGGCCAAGAACGUGCCCGCCUUCACCGCGCUGCACUUCGGCGACCAGGUACGCUCUCCACCCAGCCCUUCGCUGCGCCUUCAGCCCGCAAGGGUUUGUUUUGUUUAG